AUGGGCAAAUCUCAGUCCAAGCUCUCCCAGGAGCAGCUAGCUGAACUGCAGAAGUCGACCCAUUUCGACAAGAAGGAGCUCCAGCAAUGGUACAAGGGCUUCCUCAAGGACUGCCCCUCGGGCAUGCUCACCAAAGAAGAGUUCCAGAAGAUAUAUAGGCAGUUCUUCCCCUUCGGAGACCCGAGUUCGUUUGCAGAUUAUGUCUUCAACGUCUUCGACAGCGACAAGUCCGGUAGUAUCGACUUUAAGGAAUUCAUCUGCGCCCUGAGUGUUACGAGCCGAGGCAAGAUGGAGGACAAGCUCGACUGGGCAUUCCAGCUGUAUGACAUUGACGGGGAUGGAAAAAUCAGCUACGAUGAGAUGCUCAAAAUUGUCGAGGCAAUCUACAAGAUGGUCGGCUCCAUGGUUAAGCUCCCUGAAGACGAAGAUACCCCCGAGAAGCGGGUACGUAAGAUCUUUCGCAUGAUGGACAAGGACGAGAACGGCAGUCUGGACAUGGAAGAGUUUAAAGAGGGCAGCAAACGAGACGAGACUAUUGUCUCGGCGCUAUCCCUCUACGAUGGCCUGGUGUAA